GCCAGCCCUUCCCCCCCCCUCCUGUGUGUGCCUCAUCCCAUGCACGCCCACCUCACUCUACUAGCAGGGUCAUUCGUUUCUAAUAGUAGUAGGCACAGCCACGCCGGUCGUGGACUUAUGCGUUGUAGAAGUGACUCUAUUCUCACACAAGACACUCAUUUCUUCCCUUCUUUACGCCGUCUUGGCUGUUCACCUUGAGAGGUUCUUUUUCGUUUUCUUCUUUUUUGCUGUUUUCUUUUUUCUUCUCCAAGUUGACUUGUAGUCGCUUCUUUUUCUCUUUACUUGCGCCUUCGUUUUCUUUAAUCCCGACCAUGUCUGCUCUUCCUCCUCGCCCGGCACCGCCGGUUUCGGCACUACCUGCGUCGCCCGCUCCUCGUUCGGCCGUCCUCGCUUCACGCCCGGUGCUGGCACCGGCAGUUCCCCCUGCUCCGACACUAGAAUCGACAUCGGGGAUGAUCGAGGUUGCGACGCCGACUGAUGGUGGUCUCGAGGUGGUGACCCUCGAAACGACUGCUGCGACUCCCGCGACGACGACCGCGAGCCCGGCGACACCGGUGUCCGCCCCCAUACGGCAACCACAGCAGGACUACUGGGACGAGAAGAUAUGCCUCGAAGUCGAGUACAACGCUGAUUACCCCCCGCAAACCAUCGUCAACGAUGGAAACAGCACCGGUGGUGCCGAUAUCAAAGUUUCCAUGGACGGCGGCUUCCCUGCACCGGGCGGCCUAAAGCGGACCAACACCAACGGCUCCGCCAUCUCCGAGCCCGCGCCCGCAUACAAGAGCGGCGACACAUUCACCGACUCGCCUGCUUCCGAGAGGGGUAUGUGGAGGGGCGACGCCGGCGUCACCGACGCCGAUCGGCCGAAGCCGGCUGGCGAGACCAUGUUUGGAUAUCCCAAGAAGAAGGUCAUCAUGAUCGGUGGUAGCAUUCUUCUCCUGAUUGGUGUCAUAAUCGCCAUCGCGGUAGGAGUCUCGCUGGGCAUGCAGGGCCAGGCCUCAAGGUCUGCGAACUCCGAGGGCUUGAUGAUGGACAACACCAGGGUCGCAUCCAUAAACUGGACCGAGGCUGUCAGCGGAACCCGCCACGUCGCCGUCUUCUACCAGACCCGCGAAAGCUCCCUUAUGGCGUCGACACGCGACACGCUCAGCAACAGGUGGCGGACCGUCAACGUGACGGCCGCGGUUCUCAAGAACACCAAGGCGCUUUCGCUGGACGUCUUGCCGGGCACGCCCAUCGCCGUGUGCAGCAACCAGUUCCAGCAGUCGCUCUACUACCUCAACUCGCGCCGCCAGGUCCAGGAGCUCUACUCGUCCAACUUCAACGCCGACGAGUGGUUGAGCGGUAUGUUCUCGUCCAAGAUCCAGGCCAAGUCGGCCCCGGGAUCCAAGCUGUCGGCGGUCAGGCAGAUGUGCAACAACUGCAGCAACUCUCUCCUUGUCACGUGGCAGGACGACGAUGGCAAGGUCCGCCUGGCCAACUUUACGGCCGACGCCUGGCAGGAGAUGCCGCCCAUCGCUGAGAGCGCCGCCCCGGGCACCGGCCUUGGUCUCACGGCCUUUACCGACUUCCGCGGCACCGGCCCAUUUGGCACCGACACCAACGCCCUCCGCAUCUACGUGUCCGGCGGCACCACUCUCAUGGAGUACAUCAACGGUCCCGAGACCAACUUUGCCUGGACCACUGGCAACUUCGGAAACCCGCUUGCCUCAGGCCUGCCGGUCAGCCCCAGUCCCGAUAUCGCGUCCAUCACGUACGGCCCCAACGGCUGGAUAAACAACCUGGUGGCCUACACCGACGUCUGCGGCAACAUCCAGACGGCCGUCUGGCGUGGCACGACCUGGUCCAUUCAGCAGGCCACUCUUACGGGCCAACCGGCCGGUGUCGAUAACUUCACCGCCAUCACGGCAACGCAGGAGAUGCACAUCUACGCCCGCCAUAAGGGUGGCAAGAUCCACGAGUUUGCAACCAACGCGUCCAACCCCUUCCUCUGGACCUGGCAGGGCGCUCUGUGAGCGCGUUUAUACGCCGUCGAUGUCGACCUUUAUUUCGUGAUGGGUCCCUGGGGGAUGAGAUUAUCUUCUCGACAGCAGUCAUGAGGAUGACGGAGAAUUUUACAAGGAAAACAGAGAAAAAAAAAAACCAAAUGGGUUCGGGGUUCUUGGGUCAAUGAAUCGGUGUUGAUGACUCUGGGUGGAGGGAAGGGCAGGGACCCCAUCGGCCGCGGCGCGAGUUCUCAACUUGGGGGCCAUCCCGAGCAAGAGAGAGGAACGGUGGUUUCUACGCUACAGCACAUCGCACUAGGAACAUUACUUCGAGCCCAUCCAACGGUUUCGCGACGUAUUUGAAUGACGACACAAACAUACAGGACACUAUUUUAGAGAUUUUUCUUAUUUUUCUUCUUCUCGGCCUCGGUUAUUUUCUCUUGGUUUUUUUUUUAUUGUUUUCUUUUCUUAUCCCUUCUCACCUUCUCUUCUCCUCCACUUACUUGCUUUUUCUGCUUUGCUUUUUCCCCUGUUGGUCCAGUUCUUCUCUUGGAAUGACCAACAUUUGCACAAAGGGGAUGGGGGUUUUCUAUAUCCAUAACCAAACGGGGUUGCACAGGGCGGAUCGGAGCAUUGGAUACCACGAUGAUGGAGCCUGGGCUGGGGUUGAACAGGAGGGAGAGAAGACUGCGGCUUUGGAAGGCGAGCCGCGGCAAAACAACGAGGAGGAAUGUGGUUGACAAGAGGCGCGAGAGAGAUCUCCUUUUCUCGCAUCAAGUACCUAGAGCUGCUUUACUCUAACAUUCCUCUGUCUCUUUUUUCACGUACCUUUAUUUGUUGUUUCCUUUCUGUUUGCCUCGCCUUUUUCUUCCUGUCCGCAGUCUUGCUCUCUCUCUCUCUCCUUUGUUUGUCACCACUCAUCCAUCAUCCCAAUGUUUUGGACGUCGAGAACAACUGUGGGCCCCCGCUUCAAUGUUGGACCGUUUCCUGUUGUGACUCCCUCUCUAAUGUCUUGUCUCCUUCGUCGUUGUUUCCUUGCGAACUUACGAUAUACCUGGCUGCCAAAACCCCCGCUGCUCACUGCUAGGGUGAGUAGUGUCGGGGAUGGCCUUGCCCGAUGGAGUGUACGCAUACGGAGGUGUCAGGCAAAAGUUUUCGCCGUGGGGCAGUACCGACCAGGGCAGGACGGGUCCAGCUCCUACCAAAUAAGGCCUAGCUUAUACAUUCUUCAACAUCAAUUACUGUACAAGUC